AUGACCACCUUAACUCGUCCUAUACGCUUCCUUUGCCUUCCCGCCAAAUGCAAUUUCAAGGGCUUACACACCCACCACCUGUUCGAUGAAACGUCUCAAAGAGAUAUCUACUCGCUAAACGCACUGCUUGCCUCUUAUAACCGGAAUGGACAAUUUUCCACCACAUGGGCUCUCUUCUCUUGCAUUCAUCGCGCGAAACCCGACCUCAAUGCGUACACUUUCACUCGGGUAUUGGGCGCGUGCAGGGCGUUGCCCAGCCCCGAACGCGGCAGACAAGUCCAUGGUCUUAUGAUCAAGACAGGUGCUGAGUCAGGAACUGUGGCGAAGACUGCCGUCAUGGACAUGUACUCCAAGUACGGGUAUUUGGAGGACUCUGUUAGAGCCUUUGAAGAGAUGGAGUUCAAGGAUGUUGUGACUUGGAACGCUUUGCUUUCUAGCUUUUUGAGGCACGGGCUUGCUCGAGAAGCGCUUGGUGCGUUUGAAGCGAUGAGGGAGGAAAGAGUGGAGAUCAGCGAGUUUACUUUGUGUUCUCUGCUUAAAGCUUGUGCCUCUUUGAGGGCCUCUCCACAAGGCAAGCAGGUUCAUGGCAUGGUGGUUGUGAUGGGCCGUGAUAUGUUAAUUUUGGGUACUGCUUUAAUUGACUUUUACUCUGCUGUUGGGUGUAUUAGUGAAGCCAUGAAAGUGUUCUCCGGCUUGAAUGGUAGAAAGGAUGAUGCAAUGUUCAAUUCUUUAGUUGCAGGGUGUGUUCGGAAUAAGAAGUACAAAGAGGCAUUAUCGAUUAUGUCUACAAUGAAACCCAAUGUAAUUGCACUCACUAGCGCUCUUGCUGCUUGCUCUGAGAAUUCAAAUUUGUGGAUUGGAAAGCAGAUACACUGCGUGGCGAUGCGUCACGGGUUCACAUCCGACACACAAAUGUGCAAUGUUCUGCUAGACAUGUAUGCAAAAUGUGGGAAAAUUUCAAAUGCUCGAUCCUUGUUCAAUGGAAUUUCUAACAAAAAUGUAGUUUCAUGGACAAGCAUGAUUGAUGCAUAUGGAAGUCAUGGAAAUGGGCUGGAAGCUCUUGACCUGUUCAAGAGGAUGGGGGAGGAAAGAAGUGAAGUCUUGCCUAAUUCUGUGACUUUUCUUGCUGUUCUCUCAGCUUGUGGGCACUCAGGGCUGGUGGAGCAAGGCCGGGAGUGUUUUAAUUCGGCCCCGGAGAAGUAUGGCUUGGACUUGGGUCCAGAGCACUAUGGCUGCUUCAUCGAUAUGUUAGGCCGGGCCGGUCAGAUAGAUGAAGUGUGGUGUGUGUUUCAGGACAUGGUUGAGCAUGGCAUUAGGCCUACAGCAGCAGUGUGGUCAGCAUUGUUGAAUGCUUGUGGCCAUAAUCUCGAUGUUACAAGGGGUGAGGUUGCUGCAAAGCAUCUUUUGGAGUUGGAGCCAAAUAAGCCUGGGAAUUUUGUGCUGGUAUCAAAUUUUUAUGCAACCAUUGGAAGGUGGGAUUCUGUAGAUCAAUUGAGAAGCAUUAUGGAGAUGAAGGGAUUGGUUAAGGAAGUUGGAAGAAGCUGGGUCACUGACUCGAAAUGCCAUGAAAGUGAUUUUACAUAA